AUGAACAUGGAGCGAUCUGCGUCUGCCUCCUCAUCCUCUUCGUCACUAUCGUCCGCUUCGAUGAGCUCGCCUUCGGUUCUGCCGUCGAGCCAUCGUCGCCUGCCGGCGUCACUGCUGCCCAAGUAUAUGCACGAUCCCGCACUGCUGGAACUCGUGCGGAGCAGGGUCACCAAAGGCAUGAUCACCUACCUUGCGAAGAAGGUCUACGACGUGAUCCAAUGUGGUCCAGCCACCGCGCCUUUGCCAUCACCACCCGCAACGCCCACCAAGGAUGGCUUCGAGGGACAAGCUGCCGCUGGCGAUCUUGCUGCUGAUCCAGCGCUGCCGAGCUUAGAAGCCUUCAUCCUGACACUCGUACAAAAGUCGAAUGUUCAGGUGCCUACGCUGCUCUGCACGCUCGUCUAUCUCGACAGGCUGAAACGAAGACUGGCAAAAGUCAGCAAAGGCAUGCCAUGCACUCGUCAUCGCGUCUUCCUUGCCACGCUCAUCGUCGCGGCAAAGUAUCUCAAUGACAACAGCCCGAAGAACAUGCACUGGACAAAAUAUGCUGCAAUCUUCCCCCUUGCAGAGACCAACCUCAUGGAAUCUCAGUUGCUGCAAUUGCUUGACUAUGACUUGCGCAUGUCCGAAGAGGAGCUGCUUGUCCACUUCCGGCCAUUCUUGCGCCAAGCCGUGCCCGUCACUGCUGCUGCUCUGGGCGGUCGGCCCCUUGCUGACCGACGGAUGCCAUCACUCGAAUCAUGCGGCUCGACUUCCACUUUUGCCUCUUCUGCUUGCCCACCUACACCGCGCAGAGUGUCCCAGCAUCACGCGUACAGCAAGCCUGCUGUGCCGACACCGGGCAACAGCCCCAUGCGGAGGACAUCCUCCGCCCAGUCUGGGUCUCCCUACACGCGCACUGCGCAAAGGCAAGCGCACAGGCAACGCGUCUCGCCGGAAAUACGCCGGUCAGACUCGCAAGAAUCGAGCCCAGCCUCUGAAGAGGAGCCAAUGGCGAUCGAGCACCAGCAACACCACCAUCAGCGCGCCCAGCAGCAGCUGCAUACGAUGCGCUCUGUCGAACAUCUCGAUGUGCGAUACAUGCAAGCAAGCCAGCAAUUGCGCACUCGCAAAUCUGCAUCCAAUUUGCUCGCGCGUACUAUCGAGGCAGGCAAAGGCUAUCUGCAAGGCGGCAAUCGAAUCGGGCGGGCCACGCUCGAAGCGCCUCUUAAGCGAGCAAGCAGGCCGGUCCUGCUUCUCGACAAAGACGAUCACUUGGAUGAGUCACUCUGCACUCACAUCAUUCUCACCGGCACAUCAUCCGAUCCUCGUUGUAGACGCACUCGACUGGCGCUGUAG